GAGGCUCCCUGAAGGCAGCACGAACGAAUCUCUGCACUCCUGCGUUUUUUCACAGCAGCUGGUUCAGUUUGCCUCUUACCGAAGAAGUGCCUGAUCAUCAAGUGCGCUCUUUGUUGAUGAUUUCCGCUCGUUCGUACCUGAUCUGACGGCCCUCGAUGGAUUAGGGAGGAGGCCACGCUGCACAUAUAUGGCGCGUGUGUGUUUGUGGCUGCUGUGUGUCCUGAGCGUCUGGGUAGGCGAGGGUGACCGUGCCCAGCCAGAUCGCCAAUAUCAUCGUUCCAACCAAGACUCAGAUCUGUGCACAGUGGACCGGCAGCUUUGCGAAGACGAAAACGCUCUGUUGAGUUUUGAGGCCAUCCGCAGCAUUCAUGGACUGAUGGACGACGACGCAGACGGCACGGUGGACGCGGCAGAGACGGACGAGUUCCUGCGGGAGGAUCUCAAAUGUCAUGACCCGAAAGCCAAGCACAACAGUUUCCAUCGCGCGGACCUGCACAUUAGCGUGGGUGACAUGUGGGACACCUGGAAGAAAUCAGAAGUGUAUAACUGGACAGAUGAGCAGUUGGAAGAGUGGCUACAGCUGAGCGUGGAACUCCCCCAAUACGCCGAAAGCUUCCGGAAACACGGGCUGGAUGGCAAGGCGUUACCAAGGCUGGCAGUGAAAAACGCUACCUUGACUGGGACACUUUUGAAAAUUUCAGAGCGUAGUCACGCUCAAAAGCUGCAAUUAAAGGCUUUGGAUACUGUACUCUUUGGACCCCCGCCAGUCCGACAGAACCGCUGGAAGGACCUUGUUCUGGGCGUGUCUGUUCUGGCCGCGCUGGGCGGCUGCUGGUUUGCGUACGUCCAGACGAGGAGGUCAAGGGAUGACCUGAGCAAGCUGAUGAAGGACCUGGAGGGACUUCAGAGGGCCGAGCAAAGCCUGCUGGACAUGCAGGAGAAGCUGCAAAAGGCCCAAGAGGAUCAACGCUCCGUUCAGGUGGAGAAAGUGAAGGUGGAGGAGGAGCUGAGGAAUGAGAUCAGUUCCGCCAAGCAGGAAGCUCAGCGGCUCCAGGAGCUCCGUGAAGGUGCAGAAAACGAGAGGAGUCGCCAGAAGUACGCCGAGGAGGAACUAGAGCAGGUGAGGACGGCACUGAAAAAGGCAGAGAGAGAGCUGGAGUCACGGGCUCGCUGGUCGCCGCCGGACACGCUGCAAACGUGGCUCCAGCUGACGCACGAGAUAGAAGUUCAGUACUACAACGUCAAGAAGCAGAGCGCCGAGAGGCAGCUCCUGCAAGCCAGAGAAGGAGCCGAGAAGAUCAAGAAAAAGAGGAGUUCUCUCUUUGGGACGUUUCACGUGGCUCACAGUUCCUCGUUAGAUGAUGUGGACCACAAGAUCCUCUCUGCCAAACAGGCCCUGGCCGACGUGACGGCCGCGCUCCGCGAGAAGCUGCACCGCUGGCAGAACAUCGAGUCACUGACGGGUUUCUGUCUGGUCACCAACCCGGGUCUGGGUGCGCUGGCCGCCGCCCUCAAUUUGGACCCAUCCUUCCUGGGUCUGCGACCGGCGACCCCGCAGCACCUGCUAUUGUCCGACGACCUGGACGAUAUGGACGAGGACAUCCUAUCACCCGGGACGCUGAAAUAUGCUGCCUGGCAGAUGGACCGACGAGUGAGUGACCUCUGGCCACUGGGUAGCAUCGCAGACAACCAUUCACCAUGGAAACUCUCUGCAGCUCAGAAUCUGAUACCCCUGCAGCAAAGGAUGGGAGAUUCCACCAUGAUGUUCAGCUCUCAGAGGGACAUUAUGGAUCGCUCCGACUCUGAUUCGCCUCUUCCGUUUUACCACGGCGACUCGCAAAGCCCGUACGGCUCGCAGGCGAGGCCCCCGCAGGGUUGGAGCCCCGGGAUUGAAAGAGGAGUAGGAGGAAGCAUGGGGAAGAGCUCCAGCCUCGGGGAGCUGAGGGGACCCUCCUCCGCCAUCCUGGCCUCCUCCUGCUCCACUCGCUCGCUGUGCUUCACGGCCGAUACCGCCGACAGCCCCGUCCUCUACUCGGCCUUCCCCACGCACCCGAGGCGGAGCCCCGUAGAAGAGGGACGUGAGGAGGGCGAGGCUUCGGGGGGCGGCCGUCGCAGAAACGCCUUCAAUAAGAUUUUCAAGAAAAAGAAGUGACGACCCCUUAAGCAGGGGACAUCUAGCGCCAUCAAUGGCAGCCAGUGUGUUACGUGAGAACUUCAAGGAAGCACAGAUUACAUUUAGUCACCAGGGAAAUACAUUCUCACACUUGUUUUCACCUGAAGGCAGCAUGAAAAGGUACACAGCAAGAGAAAACUCUAGCACGAUCUAGGUUAUUUCAUAUGACGAGAGCAAUAUGCCUUCAUAUAAGUAGUGUUGUAACACUGUAACAUAUUUUUGCACACAUUUAAGACAUCUAUCAAUACUUGUUAGUGGUUUUUACAGUUUGAGACAACUGUAUAGUCUGUUAGCAUAAUUUGCAAUUCAUCACUCAUAUACGGUCAGUUGGGCGAUUUCCGACAUGCCUUGCUGUUUUCAUAGUUGCGUAUAUCAUUGCUGUUUUUAGUAGGUAAUUCUUUUCUAGUCGCUAUGUGUUCAAACACCUCAUAAUUUAUUGAUUGUCAGUCAAUGUUUUAAUUCUGUACAAUUUGUUAAUAAUGUAUUGUUGACGAAGUAGUAGUGGAUUUAACCGCUUUUAAAGCUAGCAGUCUGAGGUCAAUUCCCACCUAAUGUUUGAGUCCAGUGGCUUAUUGGUCACCCGUUCGGAUCGGCGGAUGUUAAAGACUUCAAUACUUAGCUAUUCCUAACGGUAUGUGGUGAUAAAAUGUAUCAAUGGUAGAUAAAUAUACUAGUAGAAGUCCAUUGGCUGCCGUUGAUUGUGAUAGACGUCCAAUCCAUUUGAAGCUGGAUCGCUGCCAUCACUCCUACUUCAAAUGGAUUGGAUGGCUACGAGUGAUGAACCCAUUUCAAUCCACAGGAAAAGGAUGAAAAGAGCCGCACUGAAAGAGAGUUGAUGAAUAAGCGCAAAAUGGUCUGUUCAGUAAAUAAUUGUGAUGAUGGAUGGGAAUUAUGCCAAUAGAAAGUUUAGUAUAGUAUAUGUAGCGUCAUAUCGCACAGCACUAACUGUCACAAAUCAGGGUGUGUGUAUGUGUGAGGCAGGAUGUGAUGUCAACUAUUUACUCAGAGCAAAGUAUUUAUGUAAAGAAAACUGGCUGUUGAAUAUAUAUACAUUACCCACGUGGCCUCUUUUGGUACAAGUUCCUAAAAUAAACAUUUCAAAAAUUGUGUAUUGAUAAAUGAUACAACUGCAACAAUGAGGAUGACUGACUAUUUUAUUUUGAAGGACAAAUGAAAAGUUGGCUGCAGGGGUGAUUGUCAAACAUUUUAAACCAAGUACGAUAGCGCAUUUAAAAAAAAAAAAAAAAAAACAUAAUUAACAAGUGUCGUCUGAAAAUUAUCCCCUUAACAAGGCAGAGGUUUUAAUCAGAAAAAGUGUAUUCAAUAAUCUUAAUAACGCAGCGCAAUUCAAAUUAAACACAUGGGAAAAUGCAGAGAUCCCUCGUUUUUUGCGGUUAAUGGGGACCAGAACCCACUGCGACAAGUGAAAAACCGCAAAGUAGCCCCCAACCACCCCACAAAAAGUUUUUUUUUGGAUGUGUUCAAUGUAUUCAUUCAGAUUUAGCAUUGUAAAGAGAUAUAAAUAUAUGACGUUUUUUCACAUUUUUUCCAAAGUAUAAUUCAAAAAACUUUUAUGUGUAAAUAUUUAUUUUAAUAAAUGGCUUUUAAGCACUUGAAAUGUAAUAAUUAUGUUAAGUUUUAAACAUGUUACUGUCCCAAGAACAAGAAUAAAGCAGAGAAAUGCUUGGCUUUAUUAAAUGCUUCUUCAGUGAGUCCACUCAAAUUCCGCUCAAGCUGCUCACUUCGAAUGAGAUGCCGCAGCAACUGUUUAAACAAGUAAAACGGUGAUUGACGCAUGCGGCGCAUUGAUCUUGCAAAAGAACCGAACUUCAAACAUUAAACAUCUGUCAAUCAUCAUUUACCUUAAUAAACAACUCCAGUGCACUCACUGCCUGACUAACAAAGAGCAGGGAGAGGGAGACUCCGCUAUCGGCUCAGGACAGCUCUUCUGUAUUUUUUUUUUAAUUGAAAGAAAAUCCGCGAUGGACAGAGGGCGCAAAGUUUCAAACGCGAAGUAGUGAGGGAUCACUAAUUUUAAACAAGCAUUUAUGUGCUACUACAGACUAAAGGCUGCUCUCUACUGGCCAACUCGUAAU